AUGCCACUCAAAACCCACCACCACAUCUCCUCGGUCAAGGGCCUCUCCUCGGUCACAACCCUCAUCACCGGCCCUACAUCAUCCAUCCUCAUCGACCCUCCCUUCCUCCUCCCCGACGCCGAAUCCGUCGUAGCCUGGAUCAAGAAGACCGCGCCAACCACCCAACUCACCGCAAUCUUCACGACCCACCACCACCCAGACCACUACUUCUCCGCCAACCCCAUCCUGGCCGCCUUCCCUUCCGCGCGCUUCCUCGCCGCGCCCUACGUCUGCGCCGGCAUCGACCGCGAGUACGACGAGAAGGUCAACUACUGGCCGGCGCAGUACGGCGCGCACAACUUCUCGCCCGACCCGCCCGCCAAGCCCGCGCCGUACCCCUUCAGCUUCGUGUCGGUCGAUGGGGAAGUGGUCGUGCUGAUCGGCCCCGUGCAGGGGGAUGCGGUGGAUCAUACGCUGUUUUGGGUGCCCGGGGAAAAGACGUUGGUGGCGGGGGACGCGGUGUAUGGGCGGAGUAAUCAUGUUUGGGCCGAGGAAAUCGAAAGCCCCGCCGUCCACGCCGCCUGGCUCAGCACCCUCGACCUCAUCGAGUCCCUGCGCCCCUCCAAGAUCAUCCCCGGCCACAUCGAGCGCGGGUGGGAGCUCAACGCGCAGGAAGACCUCGCGCACAAUCGCAAGUACUUGCAGCUCUUCAACGAGAAGAUCCAGCAGGCGCCGCAGAAGCCGACCGUCGACGAAAUCUACACGACCUUCAAGGACGCCUUCCCGGCCGCCGAGGAAAAUCUGGACUUUUUCCUUGGGCACUUGUCGAAUCAGUUUGGAGAAGGUGGCAAGAUUUGGGAGGAAAAUCGCCAUCAGCGGGUGGCGGAGAAGACGAGGGAGGAGCUGGAGGGGUGGAGGAUGCCGUUGUGA